CCCCCCCCUCUUUGGCCAGAGGUGCGAGUGCACAGCCUGGCACUGCGGCUGGGAAAGCCCCGCCGCUGACUUCCCGCGGCAGGGCGGGCGGCAGGGCGGCCUCCACCCACACGGCUCGCCCCGACCCCGCGCUGCGCCGGGCGGCCCGACACCGACACCGGGACCGGCCCCGCGCGCCCCGCCAGGCGGCCGUUUGGGGGCGGCUAACGGCUGCCGCGCGCCGCGGCGGUCGGAAGAGGCGCUGGGGCCCUUGGGCGAUGUGGGCGGGAGGCUGCCGGUGGGCAACGGCCGCCGCCGGCCGCCUCCUCCUCCUCCUGCUGCUGCUGGCCCUGCUGCAGGCACCCCCCGCAGUUCAGCCCUCAGAGAGAUUUUUAGGAUGUGCAGGGCCAAGCAACAAUGACUUAGAAAUAGUGGGAUCUGUUGCAUUUCCAGUCAAAGUUUAUGUCAAGCUGAAUCACAACAGUCCACCUAUUUUAUGUCUGACAAAUCAUCUUCAAAAUGUAGAAGUGAUUGAUCCAAUAUUCCAGUGGUAUGGACCAGCUGGUAGUCUUUCUUCAGAAAAUAGCAAUGUGGAAAUAGCACCAACAGGAACUUUAAUAUUGAAACACUUUAACCUGAGUGGAGCUUACAAUUGUUCCAUUGUUUAUAAACUAACAGCAAUGCAACUUCACAGAAAACACAUAAUACAAUAUCUUAUUUAUGCUUAUUCUGAUCCUAAAAUUUACUAUGAGUUCACAGUCCAGUAUCACGCAGCCCCCUGCAACAGUUCUCAGAACGCUUCUUUUAAGAAAGCAUUGCUUCAGCUACUAAAAAAACUUGUUGCUAUAGUUUCUUGUGAAGUUAAAUUAAUUAAGUCAGAAUGUCAUCAUGUAAAAACGCAGAGAGGAAGUCUACAGAAUGAAAUCUUCUUUACAUUUUCAGUUGCUCCCUUACACAGAGGAAAACACAAAUGUCAGCAAAAGGCUUGUGCUGCAUCUCAUAGACUAAACAAGGCAAAACACUUUAUAAAGAAAUUUUUUAAGCGACAAGUGAAAGUUAGCAGGACAUGUUCUGCACCAUUGCCUGACAUAUACUACAUUGAUGGUACUUUGAAAUUCAUUUCGAUCGAUCGCUGCCAUCCAGGGUAUGGAAUUAAUGCAGUACUGCAUCCAGACUGUCCAGAGUGUUGUGGGGGAUUGGACUAGAUGAUCUUCUGAGGUCCCUUCCAAUCCUCAACAUCCUGUGAUCCCAAAUAUUGAGCCUGAAGUCUCAAGGGAACAAUGGAAGACAAGGCACAUAGAGUCAAGCUUUUGACAGAGAUGAUUCCCUACAGACCUAGAAAUGGUGAAAGAAAACACUGGAUUACAUAUUGAACAAAAGUUUACAGAAUGGAAUACACUUUGAAAAGAAAUAAGAAGAAUAUGGAAAAAAUAGAGACAAAUCUAAAAUUGUGAAACAUGCGAAACAUUUACAUAUGAGAUCUUUUUUUCAAUUUGUUGUCUUCAUCAGAAGGAACCUAAAUUUUUUGGUCCAUGUCUUCCAGCAAAAAGUGACAAAUAUCUGGAAUGGAUAUAUAUAAAUAAAUAACAACUUUAUUACAUUUAUUGUAAUACAGAAUAUUGUGGCACAGGAUUUCAGGGAAAGAUACAUGAAAAUCGAGUUCAGAUAAGCCUGCCUUCCUCAGGAUGAUUUGUACAGACUGCAGUUUUGUUCUGGCCUUUCCCCUAGAAUAUCUUGUUCUAUUCUAAGCUAAUUUGUAUUCCUGUUUUCUUCAAAACACAACUUUCAUCUUUGCUCUGGUGGCUGCUUAACAUAAGUAGUAAAAAAAAUAACAUUGUUCUUUUAACUGCCAUUCUACUUUAUCUGCUGCGCUAGACAGGAACACUACACAGCCCUACUCCAGUGUCAACACAAGAAGCUGAUCCCUGUUCAGCUGGGAUCGUAACAGACACCUUUUUGGCAGACACAGGGGUGGUACCAGAGAAUCUGAAACAGUCAGCCCUGAAACUGGACUGAUUACUCCUUCCCAUAACUGAGGAUGUCAUUCUCUCAGCAUGGUCAAACAGACACUCUUCCUUAGUUGACCUGUUGGUAAAAUUAGUAAUUUCCUUUCCCAGAAUCCAAACCACCAUAUUGAAGGGACUAAAACUGAAAGGGUCCUCUGCUUAUCAUUCUACCUCAAGGCAAUAUAUGAGCAUCAGUUAUUCUUGAGAGAUGUAUCCUGCAUAAUCUUUAAUAUCUCAAAUUACUAGAUAGGCACACAAAGAAAUAUAACUCAAUACUGCACAUCCUUAUCAUUGGAAAGAUUUUUUUUUUUUUUCUGAGAUAUUAAUGUAAUUUCCCGUGACGUAGUUUAUACCUGUUACUUUUUGUUCUGUCUCAGUAAAUCUGGAAAUGAUUCUGUUAAAUUUAUCUCUGAAAUAGCUUCUGUAUAUCUUAGAAGACUGUGUCUAUUUUCUUUUUCUGAUAUCAUCUUUAUUGAACUGAACCACCUCAAGUUCAGCCUUUUUGGUCGUGUUUGAUAGACCUCUGUUCAGCCUGAUUACCGUCCACUAUCGGUUCUCUUCAUUUGUUUUCAAUGCCUCAGACUUCAUGCAGUAGUCCUCAGGAGACCAUGCUAACAUGGGAAAAUUAGUUGUGAUUUGCUGUAAUCCUGAUAUCUGUUACUUAAACAGAAAAUAUUUUUCCUGCAUCUUUGUUAGUGGUGGAGCUUUUUCUGAAACAUGGACUUACUCAUAGAAAUAUUUUGAUAAACACAUUUCCACGGAAGUACAGCAGACUUCAACUUACUGAGUUAUCCAAUAGUCUCCCUUGUUUAAUAGUUGCAGGAAACAGGUCCUGUAAUGCAGUUAAAACAGUUUUAAAGCACAUUUUAGAACAAUUUUGAGAGUCUUGGUCUCUUUAGCGAGUAUUGUUUUGUGGUUAGAAGAUCAAGCUUUCAGCCUAAAUUAAUUCAUGGAAAGUUCAUACUCAUUUGCCCUGAUAGUGAGAAUGGGAUUUAGCUUAAGUAGAUUUUUUUUUUUGUCUCCUGUUUUAUAAUCAGAGCAAGUCAACUACUUUCUAUCUGCUUCUGCUGGAGUUUGCAUUCAGCAAACCUACAUCUCACAUACUCUAUUUUGAGUUUAAUACUCUUGCACAGAGGUGAAUAGAAUUUAACAUGGUAUUUCAGAUGAGCUCUUAACAGUGCCUUUUACAUCAUUAGUGUUUUUCUUUUGGUUCUAAGAAGAACCUCUCUCUUAUAUGAUGUAAUGGUAUCACACUUCCUCUUCUCAUUGUGACUGAUUGUGUUCACAGUCUACCUUAAUAAAAACAAAUGUACAGUCCUUUCUCAUCCUUUUUUUUCUUCCUGACUAUUUAAAUCUUGUCCUUAUUCACAGUUUCUCCCAGUUUUGUUAGCAUUGUUCAUUGGGGCGUUCUCUGAUAAUCUUGUUAGUGGAAAUAUUUAGUAACGUCUGCCUAAGAGCAAGCUCAUGAGCAAUUUCUCUCCGACUCUUAAUUCCCUUUUAAGCAUCAUUUAGUACUGUUUUAAAAAUUCCAUUGUAAUCAUAAUCUUGUGCAGUUAAUUACAUUUGUAUGUGCUGCCAUAUCAGGUGCUUUUGAAUUAUUUUUUAUUUUCAUUGUAAACCAACAUCAAAUUGUAUUACUUUCCGUUCACCUGCAUGUGUUUCACCAUUCAUUCAUGAAACCUUUACAUAGUAUAGAAGUCUGGUCAGCUGUUUUGUGGUUUCAUGGAUUUUUUUUUCCUUUUCUCAAAAAUUUAUAAUACAUUUCUUACCAGUCAAAGGUUAGCACAAGUCAUAGGGUAUCACCACAUUGCAAGCCUUAGAUUAUCAUCUGUUUUACCCUUUCAUGGAAGAGUUCUAUUUUGGAACAUGGAAACAGAUGCUACUCAAACUUUCUAAUUUAAGUAGAUUAAACUUUUAAUAGCGUGACAAUUUCUAGUCUCUGGGUCUUGAUAAGAAUACAACAAAAUGGAACAGGAUUUGGCGUAUGCCCAAGAACAUGGAGAAAUAAAAAAUCCUAUGCAUAUCCUCUGCAGAAUUCAUAAACAAACCUACUCUAUUUUAACUUCCAACACAGCAAAAUAGCUGGAUAUUCAGUUAUACCUGUUCUCCUUCCCACAUUAUUUUUAGAAUAUCUAGUUUCAUGUAGUGUUUUAGUAGUUCUGGUUGCUCCAUGCUGUUGUGCAGCACUCUGUGAACACCACAUUAUGUAUUUCACACGGCCAUCAUCCCAUUUGUGCACUAAGCAUAACCCUUUCACUUACUGUAUCAUCUACCAGUCUAAAUCUCCUCUCUUAGAACUUGCAAGCAUUUUCUUUCCCAUGCUUCAGUCUCAUGGUUUUUUUUUAUAUCAUAUUAUAUCCUCAUUUGUUCUUUCUCCUCUGUUUUUAUAUUAAAAUUACAUUAAAUAUUGUGCUAUUGUCUCACCCUCUACUCCCAUUUUCUAGUCUAAAUCUCUUUCUGAAUUAGUCCAAUUAAACAUGUUAACCUGAUCAGUUGGUGUGUGAUGUAUGUAUCGAUAGAGAAAUAUUU